CGGCUCCCUAGGCUCAGAGCUGCGCACCGGGAGCGGAGCUGAGGUGCAGCGCCACCCCGAGCGCCGAGCGCCAUGUACGACCCGGAGCGCUGCUCGAGUCUGUCGUUCGCCGGCUGCGGCUUCCUGGGCUUCUACCACAUCGGGGCCACGCUGUGUCUGAGCGAGCGCGCCCCGCACCUCCUCGGCGAGGCGCGCACGUUCUUCGGCUGCUCGGCCGGUGCACUGCACGCGGUCGCCUUCGUAUGCAGACUCCCUCUCGAUCAGAUCAUGGAGAUCCUCAUGGACCUGGUGCGGAAAGCCAGGAGACGCAACAUUGGCUCCCUCCAUCCAUUCUUCAACAUUAACAAGUGCGUCCGAGAUGGGCUCCAGGAGACCCUCCCAGACAAUGUCCACCAGAUCAUUUCUGGCAAGGUUUACAUCUCCCUCACCAGGGUGUCGGAUGGAGAGAAUGUGCUGGUGUCUGAUUUCCAUUCCAAAGAUGAAGUGGUGGAUGCCCUGGUGUGCUCUUGCUUCAUUCCUUUCUUCUCUGGCCUAAUCCCUCCUUCCUUCCGGGGUGAGCGGUACGUGGAUGGAGGCGUGAGUGACAAUGUCCCCCUGCUGGAUGCCAAAACCACCAUCACAGUGUCCCCUUUCUAUGGAGAGCAUGACAUCUGCCCCAAAGUCAAGUCCACCAACUUCUUCCAGGUGAAUGUCACCAACCUCAGUCUCCGCCUCUGUACUAGGAACCUCCACCUUCUAAGCAGAGCGCUCUUCCCACCAGAUGUGAAGGUGAUGGGAGAGCUGUGCUUUCAAGGGUACCUGGACGCCUUCCGGUUCCUGGCAGAGAACGGCAUCUGUAAUGGGCCACAGCCUGGCCUGAGUCUGUCCUCAGAGGAGACAGAGUCAGAAGCCACGCCUCUCUGCCUGGAAAACAGCAGCCUUGUGGGGGACAAGCUACCACCCAGCCUGUACCUUACAGCUGUGCCCUGGGAUGAGAACAUCCAGGAGACCUUGUCCCCCCAGCUCAGCACAGUUCUGAGUGAAGUGAUUAAGGACAGAGAUGGCUACCUGAGCAAAGCCUGCAACCUCCUGCCCAUCAAAAUUCUGUCUUACAUCAUGCUGCCCUGUACUCUGCCUGUGGAGUUGGCCAUUGCCACAGUUCACAGGUUAGUGAUGUGGCUCCCUGACCUCCCCGAUGAUAUCCAGUGGCUGCAGUGGGCGACCUCCCAGGUGUGUGCCCGAGUGACGAUGUGUCUGCUCCCCUCAACCAGCAGGAGACUCCUGGGGAAAUCCCAAUCCCUUGGCCUUCACUGUUUCAAAGGUCUGAGAGCCACAGGGAGAGAGAACCGUUGUCCCUUCAGAAUGCUUCUCUCCUGCCAGAACCCCUACAAGGUUUAUGCCCAGGCCACAUGCAACAUUCUAGGAACAUCUGACUUGGUGAUAAGGAGUUUGCCCUUUUGUGCAGGGCGCAUCCUGAGGGAGGCCCUGCCUCCACCAGAUAGAUACCCCAGGACAUCUGCUGCCCUGGGGGUCCUUCACUUAGGCUGUGAAGGGAGAGGAAAGACAGAGUGGAGACAGAGAGGAGGAGCUGUGGGCUCAGGGGACAGAGGAGAUCAAGGUACUGAGCAGCAUUGUUGUGCCUGUGGGCAGGACCCCUGGCAUCUUGAAGAGAGGGGCAGUCCCAGUGACUUAUGGGAAGUGGGUCCAGGAGGGGCACCUUGAUGGGACAGCAUGCUCCUGUGAAGGAAGCCCAUGGUCCAAUUGAGGGCUUGUUAAUGGGUGAAGCUGUGGAUAUCCACGGGGGAUGUUCAGGCAGUGGAGAAGGCCACAGGCUUAGGGGAUGGGGACUGUCACCUCAGCACUGAAGGCAGGAAGAAGCUGUGGCUCUGGGCUGCCCCUGCAAUGACCAAGUAUGUGAUGGUGAUUCGAUGCCCGGCACCAUCCUUCCUGUACCUGAUAGGUUUGGGGUGGGGAGUUCAAGAGGACACCGAGAUAGAUUACUAGGGAAUAAGGUGUUUAUUACAAGUUAUUAAUGCCAUGGACAGACAGAUGGACAAGGGGGCAACAGUGUGGUGGGGGCUUUCAGGCAGUUCAGGCCCAGCACCAGAGACAGACAGCAUGGUGGGGUCUUUGAAGAGACUCUGAGCCCACAUAGCAGAGGAGGGAACCCCUCUUAGAUCUUUUGAGGCCGAGGGAGGUUCACAGCAAGAGUCUGCAGCCAGGAUCUUUGACUCCCAGGCAGGAGGCAGGGAAGGGGAUGGAGAGCAGGAUGUGACAUCCCUUUGAUGUUGUAGACUCACUUCUCAGGUGGAAUACUGUACCCCAGCAAGCAAGGAUUCAGCGUCCCAGGAGGUUCCUGUGAAGAUCUUCGAGAGGAGACCUGAGCAGAGGCUGGGUUCUAACCAGAUUCCUACAGUACUGGAGGCUCAGAGCCUUGGGAAGGGCCUCCA